CUGGUGGUUUUUGUUGUUCCAGUUUCAUUGAACCACCUGAGGGACACUCAGGGGAUGGCGACCACCUGAUGGAUGGUAACCAGCAACAACUCUGUAACCAUGACAACCACCUGUUUGAGGAGAGAGAGCUGAACCUUAUGAGAUGUGACUUCUUGAUGAACUUCCUGUCUGUCUGACGGUCAGUCCACCAUGUCCCUCUCCCUCCUUCCCCUUCUUGUCCUCCUACCGGCGCUGGGCAAGAGUCAGACCGGAGAUCUGUUUGACGUGUGUCGGUCUCUGCGCGGCUCGGAGGCGGGGCCGGGCUGGGAGUUCUAUGCCUGUCAGCCGCCACCCGCCAACAUGAAGGAGGUCAUGCAGAUCAGAGUCGACCCCCCCGGGAUCACCUGUGGAAACCCACCUGAGAGAUUCUGUACACUGGAGAACCCGUACCUGUGCAGUGAUGAAUGUGACGCGUCUAGCCCCGACCUGUCUCACCCUCCCCAGCUGAUGGGGGACAGGGAGAGGGGGGGCCUCAUCACCUAUUGGCAGACGGUCACAUGGUCCAGAUAUCCUGAGCCGCUAUUGGCCAACAUCACUCUGUCCUGGAACAAGAGUCUGGAGGUGGUCGAUGACAUCAUCAUCACCUUCGAGUACGGCCGGCCAACCAGCAUGGUGCUGGAGAAGUCCAUGGACAAAGGUGUGACGUGGCAGCCGUAUCAGUUCUACGCUGACGACUGUCUGGAGGUCUUCGGCAUGUCACCUAAACGAGUCUCGGAUUUAGCGCCGACUAAUUUAACACGGGUGAUCUGCACCGAGCAGUACUCCCGCUGGGUCGGAGCCAAGGAGGAGAAGACUGUGGUGUUCGAGGUGCGCGCUCGGUUCGGAGUGUUCGCGGGUCCGAAGCUGAUCAACAUGGACGCUCUGUACACACGGAUGGAGACCAUGAAGGGUCUGAGAGAUUUCUUCACCUUCACCAACCUCCGUCUGAGACUGCUCCGCCCCGCGCUGGGCGGGACCUACGUCCAGAGAGACAACCUGCUCAAGUACUUCUAUGCCAUCUCCAACAUCGACGUACCUGCCAGGUGUAAGUGUAAUCUGCAUGCGUCUCAAUGUGUGUUACGAGAUGCGACCCUGCAGUGUGAAUGUGACCACAACACAACGGGACAGGACUGUCAGCGCUGCAGACGAGGGUUCAAGUCCCGCAGCUGGAGACCUGGAUCAUACCUGCCCCUGCCCAAAGGCACUGCCAAUACCUGUGAAGUAGCUGAACCAUCAGCCAGUAAGUACUGA